ACAUGUUACAAGAAGUCGAUAUAACAAAUAAUGAAUUCAUACCCAUUUCUUCGAAUGUAUUGAAAUCAACAUCAAAAGUGCAUCUUUUAUCAACACAAUUUUUGCAUAACGGAUUUGAUGUUAAUAGAGUUGAAGAAUUUGUAAAUAGAUUAGGAAGAAAAGUAAUGAUCAAUGCAAUUGAGAAUAACAAUGAAGAUAUUUAUCAUGAACUACUUGAGUUUUUUACAUCAAUCCAAAAAAGAACAUCACAGAGAAUCAUUAAUAAGUUUAGUGAAUUUAACUAUAAUAUUAACAAUAAUGGUUGCAUAAUGGGUAUUCAAAAUCCUAUUGAGAGAAGACCAAAGGGUCGUCCUAAAUCAAAAAGAAUUGUAAAUGCUCUUGAGAAAUUUAAUACAAAAAUGAGUUACAAGUGCAAGUUAUGCAAAAAAAGGGGUCAUAAUAGUAAAACCUGUCAUGAAGAUAGCAAUAAUGAAGAAUCAUUGGCCACAUCUACAAGUCAUGAAUAUAUUCGAGAAAUAUCGAACUCAGAAGAAUCUGGUAUUAGUUAA